AUGCCCGUAUCUGACCGCUUCUUCUGUCCAACUGUGGAGACAAUGUCCGCCAUGCUCGGCCUCUCGCCCAGCACAGCUGGCGUGACGCUAUUGGCGCUUGGGAACGGAGCGCCUGAUGUGUUCUCAUCUCUAGCGGCGAUCGUUGGGGGGAACCCGAAAGUGGGGCUGGGAGCAGUUGUCAGUGCAGGCGCAUUCGUCACGUGUUUCGUGGUGGGCUGCGUGGCAGUCACAGCUGCUCCCUUCCCCGUGCGACCGCGCCCGUUCCUGCGUGACUCGUGCCUCUUUGCAACAGGCGUGCUGCUACUGCUCCUCAUAUACCUCUCAGGCCACGUGUACCUCUGGCAGGCAGUUGGCCUUGUAGCCUUUUAUAUCUGCUUCGUUGCCGUGGCUAUAGUGUCCAAUGCAUGGGAGCCGCCAGACCCACCCCAUCCACAUUCCCAUGGUCACGCCCGUGGUCAUGCCCAUUCGCCCAUGGAGGAUCAGAAAAGCACUGCCAUCACACAUGACACCCCUGUGACGCGAUACAAGAGUCAUUUGCUGCGAGCGUGCCUGCACGUCGUCUUUGACCCGCUGCGCCUGGCCACCAUCCCAUCCAUCGACCCCUCUGCAUGGGACAUCCGAUACGCCACUGCCAACGUCGUCCUCUGCCCUCUCAUCGCCAUCCACACCACCCGCGCCCUCCUCCCCCCCGACUCCAACCUCCUCUUCUUCCUCCCGCCCCUCGACCCCCCCUCCUCCUUCUCCUCCACCUCCCUCUCCUCCCAUUCCCCCUCCGCCUCCCCCGCCUCCUCCCUCUUCUCCUCCUCCUCCACCCUCUCAACCUCCUCCCUCGCCGUCCGCUCGUUCGUGCUCAUUCAAAGCUCCCUCUGCGCUGCAGCGUAUCUCCUCGCCACCCGUGCCUCAAGCCCCAUAGGCGCACCCCGGUCCCUCAUAGUCCCCGUUUCCUUUGCCAUGUCAGUCUUCUGGAUAGCUCUGACUGCCUCUGAGCUGCUAGGCCUGCUCUCCGCCCUUGGGAUUAUCCUGCACGUGUCGCCGUCCAUCCUUGGGAUUACUGUGCUCGCCUGGGGGAACUCCGUGGGCGAUCUUGUAGCGGAUGUGACUAUAGCGAAGGCUGGGCAUCCGACAAUGGCGAUUGCCGGGUGUUUUGCUGGCCCGAUGUUUAAUCUCAUGGUCGGGGUUGGGUCGGCGUUGGCUGUCCGUAGCUGGGACUUGUACCCUGAGCCGUUGGUGUUGUAUCACCACCCUAAUGUGCUGCUGGCCCUGUGUUUUCUGCUGGGAGGAGUGCUUUCGUCCAUUGCCUUUGUGGUGUGGUCUGGGUUUAGGGUAACUAGGACCUGGGGUGUCUGCCUGAUUUGUAUGUACUUGACGUUUGUGGUUGCUGCUGUUGCAAUCGAGUCCUCGUUGCAUUGA